GCAUUAUGUUAUUGAUUUAGUAUUAGCUCACAUAUAUCUAGCUACGUGUUUCACUCGCACUAAAAUCAAUUGCAAUUAAAUUAAAUUGGAUAUCUAAUUUUACUGUACGUGUAUUCAAAUUCCCGCCACAAACAAAAAUAUAUCAUGUUGGCAGAACUGAUUCACUUCCACUAAAUUUUCUGCACGAUGGCUGUUUGUGUCGCUGUUAUUGGAAAAGACAAUUCCCCUUUAUACAUCGGUGGUGUGGGAAAUGACACAAACACCGAUAACGAACUUUCUCGACAAUGGCUCGUCCACACAGCCCUUGAUGCUCUGGAAGAACGUUUAGCGACAACCAACACCAAUACAGCAAACUCUGCUUCAAAUGCUUCUCGUACUGAUUUACGCGAUUUGUAUUUGGGAUUACUUUAUUCGACAGAUACGCAUAAAAUAUAUGGAUAUGUGACAAAUACAAGGAUUAAACUUGUUCUUGUAACAAGCUCAACAUCACCAAGUGGUAGUAAUAUACGAGAUGCGGAAGUACGGACUGCUUUACGUAGGUUACACGCGUUGUAUGCCGAUGCUAUUUGUAAUCCAUUCCAUUUGCCCGGUGAACAAAUUACGUCAUCAAAAUUCGACAGACAAGUGAAGAAUUUGCUGUUAAAUAAUGUUUAGUCUAUUUUCAGCUACAAGACAUUAUUUAGUUAAAGAAAUUAUAAUUUAGCGAUUAUAUACUUUGCGUUUAGCACACAAUGCUCCUGUCCUUAAGA